AUGAAAAGAGAUCGAUUCUAUAGCUUUCGCUCUAAUACAACCAAAGCCCAAUCAAUAUCUCCACUCCAGCAAAGACUUUUACUUCAUAAUAAAAGGAAACUCAAUAGGAGUGAAGUGCUUAAAUGUGAUAUCCUUACAAAAAUAUACGCAGGGCAUGCAACAAAAGAAGAUAUUUUUGAGUUUAAUGCUGAGAUAAAAUUAAGGAAAAAGCCAGAGGAAUUCGAACGGAAAGUUAAAACUGCUUAUUCGAAUCGAAGAAAAUUAGAAAUAAUGAUUGCCCAGCCAAAAUGGGAUGAAGAAACUGAAAUGGAUCAAGGUGAAACUGCUUUUACAUCCUUUGAUAACCAACAUUCCUCUUCAUAUACACCAAAAGAUGUUUUUAUUCCUUCAAGUACCAUAAAUUCUUAUACAAAUAAAACUAAUAUAUCUCCAAAACAAGUUUCUGCUUUAAACACUUUUCGUAGACCAUUUUCUGCAACUAAAAGGCGGCAGUCUCUAUCUGAAAUCCAAUCUCAAGUCUACAAAGUGAACUCUAAGCAUUUAGAUUUAAGCAGGCCAAUAAGAUUAAGAAGCAAACUAUAUUCAAGACAAAAUUUUUUAAGUUAA